CCCGAAGCAUAUUUGUUGGUUGAACACUAUUCAAAUACACAUUACCGUGUGUGGGUAGACAAUAUUUUUCUUGAAGAUCUAGCUAACCGUUCGGCCUGUCAAAACUUAAAACCAUUCAAGUGUCAAAACCUUGUCAUAGCUUCGAAAUUUAUUUAUAAUAAGUAGAGUUUAGAUAUCCUCAGAUAUCGGAGCUGAAAUGAUUCACAGUCUUUUCAUAAUCAAUUCGUCGGGAGAUGUAUUUAUGGAAAAGCACUGGAAAAGUGCGGUCGCACGAUCCUUGUGCGAUUAUUUUUUUGACCAACAGCGCAGAGUUGCAUCUCCAGAAGAUACCCCUCCAGUUAUUGCUACUCCUCAUCACUAUUUAAUUAGCAUACACCGCUGCAAUAUGUUUUUCGUCGCUGUCUGUAUGACAGAAGUUCCGCCGUUGUUUGUCAUCGAAUUCCUACACAGGGUAGUUGACACAUUUGAGGAUUACUUCAGUGAAUGUACAGAAUCAAUUAUAAAAGAUAAUUACGUUGUCGUUUAUGAAUUGCUAGAUGAAAUGUUAGACAAUGGUUUCCCCUUGGCCACAGAAUCAAAUAUACUCAAAGAGCUAAUUAAACCACCUAAUAUAUUGAGAACAAUCGCGAACAGUGUCACAGGAAAAUCAAAUGUUAGCGCUAUCUUACCAAGUGGUCAAUUGUCGAAUGUACCCUGGAGAAGGACCGGUGUUAAAUACACAAACAAUGAAGCAUACUUUGACGUUGUGGAAGAAGUUGAUGCCAUAAUUGACAAAACUGGGGCAACUGUUUUUGCAGAAAUCCAAGGCUAUAUCGAUUGUUGCAUCAAAUUAAGCGGGAUGCCUGAUUUGACACUUUCCUUCAUGAACCCAAGACUAUUCGAUGAUGUCAGUUUUCAUCCAUGUGUCAGGUUCAAAAGAUGGGAGUCUGAGAGAAUACUCUCCUUUAUUCCACCAGAUGGUAAUUUUCGGCUGCUGUCGUAUCAUAUAGGAUCGCAGAGUAUAGUUGCAAUUCCAAUAUAUGUGAGGCAUAAUAUUAGCUUGAAAGACUCCGGUGGUGGCAGAUUGGAUAUUACUGUUGGGCCGAAACAAACGAUCGGGAGAAGUGUGGAAAAUGUGAACAUUGUAAUUCCAAUGCCAAAAUCGGUGUUGAAUUGCAGCCUGGUACCCAAUCAGGGUAAAUACUCAUUUGAUCCAGUCAGCAAAGUACUAACAUGGGACAUUGGCAGAAUAGAUGUAGCAAAACUACCUAAUCUUCGAGGAACUAUCACUGUGCAAAAUGGAGCCACGGUCACAGAGUCCAACCCUGCUAUUAAUGUCCAUUUUACCAUGAAUCAACUUGCUGUAUCUGGUUUGAAAGUCAACCGACUCGAUAUGUAUGGAGAAAAGUACAAACCAUUCAAGGGAGUCAAGUACAUUACAAAAGCUGGACGGUUUCAAAUUCGAAUGUGAAUCUCUAUUGAAUAAAUUUUGAACUGUCAGAGGUAUAAAGUAUAUCACUUAUUACAAAUGUUUACAAA